GCACUAGAUGGAUUCUUUCUAGCAAUAAUGACGGAUGGGAAUAUAAUAUAUGUUUCAGAAAGUGUUACUUCCUUACUUGAACAUUUACCUUCCGACCUCUUGGAUCAGAAUUUGUUAAAUUUUCUACCAGUUGGGGAGCAGUCAGAGGUAUACAAAGUACUCUCUUCUCAAAUGCUUGAAGGAGAGACUCUAACUCCAGAAUACCUAAAAACUAAAAAUCAACUAGAAUUUUGUUGCCAUAUGCUAAGAGGAACAAUUGAUCCCAAGGAACCUCCAGUUUAUGAAUAUGUUAAGUUUAUAGGAAAUUUCAAAUCACUCAAUAACGUGCCUACUUCAACACGGAAUGGUUUUGAAGGAGUUAUACAAAGGUCAUUAAGGCCUUCAUUUGAAGACAGAGUCUGCUUUAUAGCCACUGUUAGGCUAGCCAAACCUCAGUUUAUUAAGGAAAUGUGCACUGUGGAAGAACCUAAUGAAGAAUUCACCUCAAGACACAGUCUAGAGUGGAAAUUUUUAUUCUUGGACCAUCGGAAGCCAGAGGUUAUACUAGAAGUAAUGGAAGUAAAGCAGGAACCAACCCUUCAAGAGAUUG